AUGACCGAGAUCCAGACCAGGUCGAUUCCUAUCCAUCCUAGGAAGAUGAGAGGGAUGAAGGAAGAAUGGAUGAGAAUCUAUACUCCAAUAGUUGAGAUAUGUAAGAUCCAAAUACGUAUGAACAUUAAGGGAAGGUGUGUGGAAAUGAGGACAUGCGAACAUACAGAGGACCCAUCCUACUUGGAGAGGUCUGCACAGUACAUUGAAGCUGUGCACAUUGGAUUUCCCAUUGAGGAUGCAAUUGCAAUACUUAAGUUUAGUGAUGUGUUCUUGGAUCGUUUUGAGAUAUCUGAGGUCAAGACACUAAGAGGGCUGCACAUUGAGAGGGCCAUUGGAAGAAUCAUAGGCAGGGAAGGAAAGACAAAGAAUGCCAUAGAGGAGUUUAGCAGAUCAAAGAUUAUUGUCCAGGAUCAAAUGAUACAUCUCCUUGGGACAAUUGAAAACACAAGAAUAGCAAGGGAUGCAGUAUGUAGACUCAUAAUGGGAUCACAGCCAGGAAGUAUCUUCAAUAGGCUACGGAUUAUCAACUCGAGGCUCAAGGAGAAGUAUGGGGGGAUUCAGACAAUAUAUAACGAAUUUGAGAAGAGAUAA